AUGAGGCUGUUAAAUCUAAGGCUACUUAUCGUCAUUUUGUCAAUAGUGUUGAUAUGUAUCCCGAUCUCAAUUACAGCUACUAGUUCCAUCUAUGAAACAGACGGUAUCGAUUUACAGCUCCGACUAGCUCCCCCUCAAAGUCAUAAGGAAGGAAUCAAGCACAAUGUAGAAGAAGUGAGCACCGUUCACAAUCACAGAUUCACACAAGAUCAAUUUGAUGAGAGUGCAGCUAGAGCAGCAAAGAAUAAAAGAGAAAUGAAACGAAUAGGACAAAAACGAAGAAGGCGGGAGGUCAAGGAAAAGCAACUUUUUACGAAUAUGUCUUAUCGCAAUUACAUCCUUGUCUUCCUUAUCUUGAACAAUUGUUUCAUCAAUGCUAUGGAUGAGGGGCAAGAUCCUGGCCCAGACUUAAGUUUAAAGCUAGGGCCAUAUGAUGCUUCGAAUGCCUCGCCUAUCCCAGAGCCUGAUGGACACAAUCUUCAAGCAAAAGCCGUACCGAAAGUAGUCCAAAAAGCAAUGCAAGAAAAUCGUCCAUUGACUGCAUCAGAAAAGAGAGAAGUUCGAUUGGAAAAGAAACGAUUGUACAUGCGUGAGAAGCAGAGAAAGAUUGAAGAGAUGGGACUGGAAUUCGUUGCGAUGGAAUUGAAGCGAAAAAGAGAAAACCAAAGACGAUAUGUAGCAAACAUCAAAAAAGACCCGGAAAGACAUGCUGUUUUCUUGAAAAUGAGAGCAGAAGCAGGAAAAGAAUACAGAAAGCAAGAAAAGGCAAUCGGAAAGCAGACGAAAAGGAGGCUCAAGAAACCACUUUCAGUGGAAGUUGAGAGGAUCAAUACGAUAGAAGAAGCUGAUAGACAUGAGGUCAUAACACCAAUUGAGUAUGAUGUUUCGGACAAUGCAAGGAGUCAAAAUGAGGCUUCAGUGGCUUCAGUGCGCAGUAAGCUGCCUAUUAAACGCAAGAGGAAUGCUAUGACUUCUAAAGAUGACGAUCUGAGCAAGAGCAGAAAAGGACCAGAAAACGCAAAAGGUCUGAGCAGACAUCAAAUUUAUCGAAUGCGUAUCAAAGAAAGGGGCGCUGAAGCUCAGGAAGAAGAAAAGAGAAAGAAUCGGGAAAGAAAGAAUCGAUAUAGAAAAGCUCAAAAGGAUGACCCAAAAGCGUAUGCCAUUCUGAAAAGAAAGACCAAGGAAAUAGGCAGAGCUUGGUAUGCAGCUUUGAAAAAAGAUCCCAAGAGGUUGGCUGCGCGUAGAGAAAAUUCAAAGAAGAACAGCGCUGCCUAUCGUGAAAGACAAAAUAGGAGAGAGGCGGAUAAUUGA